AUGGACCAUACUGUACGUACCGAUAAUACGCCUCGACAAACAGCAUGCUUGGUUGAUGGCCAACAUAUUGAACUAUUUGUUCAGGGAUUUCUUGACUGUAUUCUUGUUAUUGUAACAAUGCGUGGCAGUGUAUCUGAAUGGGUUUCUGUAUCAUUAAAUAGUAUAGUUUCUGCAAUGAGAGAGACGUUUAUUGCAGAGGAGGAUGGCCUAGGACUUCCAUAUCUUUCACCAAAGCUUUUACUGGGAGCAUCUCAUCGUCCUCAUGCAGAUAUGGCAUGUAUGUAUGCGUCUCAGAUAGCAACACACAUUGUACAGAACCAGCCUAAAGAGCAAAGGACAGUGCUUGUUGGAUUAGGUCUAGAUUGGAAACAAAGUAUAGAUACACAGCAAAAUUUAUACAAAGAGAUCAUAAAAAUGCUGGAAGAGUGCAGAGUAUGGUGA